AUGAAACCCCCUCCUCCAAAAAACAACGACAAAAACAACAACAAAGACAAUAAUAAUAAUAAUAACAAUAUCAGUAACAGUAUCCAAAAGAUGAAAAGUAAACAAAAAAUAAUAAGAAUAAUAAAUGAAGCAUCAAGAGGGGGAAAGAGCUACCGUGCGGUAAAGUAUGGAAUACGGUGUACGUUUCAUGCAGGCGCGCACAUGUACUUAUAUGUGUGUAUAUUUUUCCUCAUCUUGUUUUUUUUGUUUGUUUUCCAUUAUCUUUUUUUUCUUUUUCUUUUUCUGUCUUUUUUCUGUUUUUUUUUUCUGUUUUUAUGUUUAUAUUUGCGUUACUUUUUUUUUUCCCUCCUCCUCUUUUAG